AUGUCCGGGCCAAUCAGCGCCGAAACACAGGACGUGUCGGAUUAUAAAAGCUGCACAUCACAGCUCUGUAUGACAACAGUGCACAAAUUUGCAUUCAUACCGCUGUACCUCUUCUCAUCCCUCGUGUCCACGCUUCUCAACAAGCACAUCACCACAACCUUGGAGUUCCAUCCCACGUUUCUUCUUCUGCUGAUGCAGUCGGUGAUAAUCGUUGCCCUUCUGAUGCUCCUCAAGACCAUCAAUGUGUGCACAUUUGUCCUGGAACUGCGUCACAUGUUCUACUGGAUACCCUCGGCUGUCUCGAUGGUGCUCAUGAUAUUUUCGGGAUUGCGUGCGCUCUCGCAUCUCUCCAUCUCGAUGUUUACCCUGUUCAAGAACUACUCGGUGAUUGUGAUCGCUGUUCUUGAGCUGCUGCUCCUUGGCAGGACCAUCUCACGGCUCUCCGUUCUGUGCUUCGCGAUGAUGAUCGUGAGCGGAAUGCUUGUGGAUUACAGCGAGACAAGGGUUGAUCGUGUGGGGUACGCCUGGAUAUGCACCAACGUUGUGGCAAGCGCGGUGUACGUGAUUGUCCUGCGGAUGACCAUCGUUCAUCAUAUCCGUGCGAGACAGAGAGAGGCAGAGAAAAAUACGCGCCGUGGAGACAAGAAGGAUGCCGUGGCGCACAGUCCGCACGACCAUGGCAGAAAAUGCUAUGUGGACGAUGAAGGCAUCGCCGCGACAGAUCGGGCUGGCAAGGAACUCCUGAGAAGGAUGUUGCGUGUCGUGACCAGCGACGAGACAGGUGAUGCUAUGCAUCCCGAUACACGUGAAAUGCCAAGCGGUGCGGUAUGCACAACUCGCAACGGUGGCACAUGCACAGCGCCCGUGAUCGUAUUUUGUAACGAGGCGGCCAGGAAGGUAAGGAACAACAGAAUAGGCGAUUAUGUGCGGAUGUUCGAGGGGCUCGAUGGCAGCCAAUCAGAGCACACGUCUCCAGAUGGUGGUGCCGGCAAGAAUGCACAGGCCGUAGAUGCGCACGGCAACAGAGAAACGAAGAAAAGGGACUUUACACCAAGAAAAAAGGGCAAGCAGAACCAGCCAAACGACUUUGAAAGCCUUAUGUAUUCGCAGAUCCUCUCUAUUCCCUUCCUCUUUCUGCUCUCCCUCCUCUUCGAUAACUAUGCAUCGAUUUCAUCCUUUAAGCGUGUUCUCGAGAAUGACGUUCUUUCCUCGCCGGACUACAUGGACACGCUCCUUCUGAACAUGGAGAAGGUGACCGACCUAGCAGUCGUGCACAACAUUCUCAUCAUUAAGGCAUUCAUCGGCGAUCUCCUCGAGCUGAGCGGCUCGGCGUACUUCGAUGACAGGGUUUUUCUCUUUAUUGCAUUGUCAGGGCUAUCUGUGUUCUUUGUCGCCCUGUCGACCGUUUGGUGCCUGCGCUCUCUUUCAUCCACCACGCUGAGCAUGAUGGGAGCCACCAACAAAAUCGUUGUUGGCAUGUCGGGAGUUUUCCUGGGAGAGCGAAUCGGGGUGCUGAAGGCGAUGAGCAUCGUUGUGGGUGGGAUGGCAAGCAUUUUGUACGUAGAGACCAUCAGAAAGGAAUGACCAGUGGCAGAAUGCCUGGUUAUGCAUUUUUAUUUUUUUAAAUAGAGCAGAGCAUAGCAUUGUUGGUUAAAUCGGGGAGAGGAAGGCUGUGAACAGUUGAUGCGGAAGCGGUAUGCCAAUCCAUGACCGGUACAAGUACCGAAGUGUAUGAAGGACUGCGUCUCUGUGAUUUACCGAGUGAGGUAUUAUUACAGGUUAGCAUGGCUAUUUUAGCGUAUGCCGUGCACACAUCACAGCUUUGAGGUGAACAGUGGAGUAGAAAGACGGACGAAACACGAAGAAAUGCCUGCUUUCAUGUAAUGCGAAAGCGUAAUGGCUGGUACUACCG